AUGGCGCAACUGGAAACGAACAUUGAGUACGAUCACGUCAAAGGCGGUAGCGGACGACGAUAUGUUUCAUCGCAAAAUGCUUCCUCCAAACUCCCGCCGAAAGCAGUCCAACAUGCCCCUACUCGCGAUGUUCACCGAUGCAUGAUCGACCGGUCGGGGGCCUCCUCCAUCCAGCGUCUUCUACGAUGCGUCAAUCGACCAAAGGGGAUGCACUUGCCCACAUCCAGGCACCCUCAUCAGACGCUCGGAGGAUAUGCCGUCGUCUUUAAUGAACAACACCAUGCGGGACACGCCGACUAUCUUGCCCUUGCCGUCACCAUCCACGUCCAGCCCUUGCACCCCGCCGAGCCGCAUUCGCGCUGGCCCCUUGCGGACCUCACCUGGAUCGGUUCGCGCUGCCACAACUGCAUCACCGAAAGGCCCAAGGGGUGCAUGGUCCACCUCACCGUCAAACAACGGAUUUACGUUUCUAAAAACGCUGUGAUGGGCUUGGCCGACCUGCCACAGAUUCCUGGCGCUCACAACUGCGCUGUGGGCAACCCUCGGGAGGGCCGUAACGCGCCUGUGGGGAUCUCACGGCAGGAGGUUGAGCGCCUGCUGGCCGAGGAACGUCAGCGCGUCAAGCAGCUCGUAUCGUCAGAGGUAAAGACUGCCCUGUCCAAGCAAGCCAUCCCGCGCCAGUCAUCGGUCACUCCGGGAAUGCAGUACAUCAAUUCGCCUGCCGGCCUGUCUUCUGCCAGUCCGAUGCAUUCCUCGCUGGUUUACGAGCGCUCGCCAUUUGCCCAUCUACAGCCUCAGUCGCCGGCUAUCAAACGCCAGCGCAGUAUGAUGGACCCACGUGAACAGUAUCGUCAGGUUGGACACGGCCGUGGCAGCAGGACUGACGUUAAAAUGUCAGAACUGCUGGGAGUCACCUGA